ACCGCUCUCCUUGCGAGAAGGAGCCUCUCCCCGGCGAGCGGCCGCGGCCCGCCCGUCCGGCGGUGCCUGAAGAGCCGCGGCAGCCCCGGGGAGUGACUUGGCGGGGGGAGGAGAAGAGGAGGAAAAGAAAUCAGAUUGCCGAAGGGAUUAGGAAGGGGGGUGGGGAGGCGAAGCCCUCUUCUCCCCCCUCCCUCUCCGCACACACUUGUGAAGCUUUUCAGAGUUAUCCUUCAGCAUCAGUGGCACCGGCGGGCGAGCCCGGGGAAGCAGCGACACUGAAACGUGCUCGGCGAUCUGCGAGUGAGAUCACAGGGAGCGGAGCGGCCCUGCCCGGGGGACCCUGCCCAGUCCGCGCCCGCCGGGGCUGCGCUUCCCGGCGGCGAUAGUUCAUAGACAUUAAUGAUUUUCUGAGUUUUCCCUUCUUCUCUUGCUUUCCCGAGCAAGGAAGGACGGGGCUUGCAGCCUUGCGGGAGGGCGUGCUGCCGGGCCGCCUGCCCUGGGCGGGCGAGGAGGGGCGAGAGGGAGGGAGAGAUGCCGCUGAUUAGAGGGAAAGUCGUGCUCAUCCUGGGCUUCGUUUUCCUGACAACUUUCCUGGCUGUGGUGAGAGGGCUGCCCGUGAGGAAGCAACGUAGCAACAGCCCGAAGGAGAGGAGCUCCAAGCUGGAGGAGGUCUCUGCCUCAUCCGGGCCCCGCUCGGCAGGGGACGAGGAGCUGCCACCAUCGGGCAAGGCACGGGGCCUGAGGCGGAGCGGGCAGGCUGGCCUUCGGCGGCACAGGCGCCGAGGGGUGGCUCAGCAGCCUGCCAGGAGCCCAGUGGUGCCACAGCCCAGCGGUGCUGGCCAGGACGAGAACCUGCCUUUCAUGCUGGACCUGCAGAGUUUGCCAGGGCUGGCCAACGUGGACCUGAGUGCCCAGAAUCCCAACAUCCAGGUGACCAUUGAAGUGGUGGAUGAUCCUCAGGCUGAGAUGGAAAUGGACUUGUUGAAGGAGACAAGUAAUGACUGGUCCCUGACGUCCCCUGAGUGGUUGUCUCACAGGGACCUCUUCUGGCCUCUUUUCUGGGAAUACACUGACCCCACUGAGGAGGAAGAGGAUGAAGAAGAGGAUGAGGAGGAGGAGGAAGAGGAUGACAACCUGGAUAUGGGGGACAGGGAGGAGGAAGACGAGGAGGAGGAGGAAGAUUACACAGCAGAGUAUGAGGAGGAAUCAAUGCUCAGUGGAGUGGGAGGUGACUGGGACCAGCAGUGGCCCAGGCAGAAGAACUGGAUCUUUAAGGACAAAUAUAAUUACGACUAUGAAGACGAGGAUGAGUGGAGCCUGUGGUCCCCUUGCAGCAUCACCUGUGGCAGUGGCAACCAGAAGAGGACCCGGUCCUGUGGCUAUGCCUGCACAGCAACGGAGUCAAGGACCUGUGACCUGCCGCGCUGCCCUGGAGCAGAUGGAGAAAUGGUCUUCCCCACAAAAGAGACGCCUUUCAAAAGUGACAACACCACAGAGCUCUUCAACUCAGAGGUGGACAGCUGUGAGAAGUGGCUGAACUGCAAGAGCGACUUCCUCACCAAGUACCUGAGCAAGGUGCUGACGGACCUGCCCAGCUGCCCCUGCUCCUACCCGCUGGAGGCUGUCUACAGUGCCGUCAACCUGCGGGAUGAGCAGCAGGGCAAGAGCUUCCGAUGGCGGGAUGCCAGCGGCCCCAAGGAGCGCCUGGACAUCUACAAGCCCACAGCACGCUUCUGCCUGCGCUCCAUGCUCUCCCUCGACAGCACCACGCUGGCUGCCCAGCACUGCUGCUAUGAUGAGCACACCCGCCUCAUCACCCGCGGCAAGGGGGCCGGCGUCCCUAACCUCAUCAGCACCGAGUUCUCCCCAGAGCUGCACUACAAGGUGGACAUGCUGCCCUGGAUCCUCUGCAAGGGUGACUGGAGCCGCUACCAUGCCGUCCGGCCCCCCAACAAUGGGCAGCGGUGUGCUGACAACCCCACCGAGGAGGAGUACCUCUCUCAGCUGCAGGAGGCCAAGGAGUACUAGCCACAGCCAUGUCAGAGCAGCCGUGGCUGCUGCCAGCUCCCACCCCAGCACAGCCUGGUGAAGCCCUGGCCCUGCCCAGGGGCUCCUCACUGUCGCUGGGCAGCACAGGGAGGAUGGAGUGUCUUCCCAUUCUCCCAUAGGGGUGCCCUGGCUCUCCUUGGAUUUGCAAGGGUGCCAGAGGUUAUAAUGGUGUGAUUGCUGCCAUGCCACAUGGGGUGGUCCUGCACCCUGGGAUGCCUGGUCUGGCACACAGGGAGCUGCAGGGAAUGGGAGGUGUAAAGGGAAUUGAGGGCUGUUGCCGUUUGCUUUUGUUCUCUACAGUCUUUCAAUGCAAGCUGAAAGCUGAGCAUCUUCAGGGUGAAAUGGCCUCAGUUUCUGCUGGCUUCGUGAUGCACCUGAGGAGCUGGGCUGCUGCGGGGAGAGACACAUGCUCUUCCCUGUGCGCCUGCCCUGGUACAUACUGGUCUACUGAAACUGGGAGUGGGUCCUCUAGGGGGGGACAGGGCUGUCCCAGCAAUGCAUAGAGUGCAGGUGCCCAUCUCCUCAGGUUUUGUAUGCACGGUUGGGAAGGAGCAGGGUUUCAUGGGUCCAGAGGGUGUGUGGGGCAGGAGAUUGGCCACCUGGGCUCCCUUGGCAAGGUUGCUUUGCUGCUGUGGUUUGGGUUGCAAAAGGGAACACUGCAUGCCAAAGCCAGACACACACAGACCUCAGAGGAGGCCAGCAUGGGGGAACACCAUCUGUGUGCAUUUCAGCCCCUCUGCCUUAGGGGAGCAGGGUAGCAGCACCCAUGCAAGUCCCACCACCAGCCUGCCCUGGCAGCCCCACAGUGGGUUUCACUGCUCAAGAGUACGUGUGGCACUUCCCAGCAGAACGUCGUGUUUCCAACCCACAGCCCUGCUGGGGGCAGGAGCCAGCUCAGCUGCCACUCCUGCUGCUGUUGAAGAGCAGCAAAAAGCACUAAGACAAGUUCUCAAUGGGGAUAGCAACAAACCAGGCACUGCUGGGUGCACCCAGCGUUGCCCUUCUCUGGCCUGCUGCUGGCUUCAGGCCCUGCUAUGUGCUGUGUCUGCCCAGGUCCCCAGCAAGAAGCAGCCCAGAGAAAGCAAGUCGUGUGUGCAGCCUGCGCUCCUCAGACUUGCUGCCUGGCUGUGCGAGCCUGUGUGCCUCCACUCAUGCUAAUAAUGUCAGUACCUGGUGUUUGCAGAUCAUGGUGCUCUCCAUUGGUGCUUUGGUCUUGCCUGGGUUUUAUUCAGCUUUUCACAGGUUCAUGGCAGUUUCUCCCAGCAUAUUCUGGGGGUUCCCAAGUUUCCCACAGGGAGGCUAGGCUGAGCAUCUCUAUCCCUGGACAUUGAGUCACUGAACCUGGCAGAAACUUCAUAGCUUCUAUUUAGCACAUUUUCUGCAUUGAAGAAAACGAAAGAGCAAGUCAAGCACGUGUGAAGAAGAAUUGAGUCAUUUCUAGACUAGAGGUUUCACCCAAAGCUGUUGGCUACUCCCUGGUUUUCUGCAGGACACUGUUGGACAAAAAGCAUCUGUCUGGGUGCAGAGGUCCUUGGUUGACUGUCCUGUGCUAGGUCUGUCCUUUCAGAAGGUCUCAUAGCAAUCUGGGGAGUCUUUGUGGGAGUAUCUUUUAUAUGUUCAAUGUAUGUUGAUUCUUUUGCCUUGGUUAUGGAUAGAAUAUUGUGUCCUGGGUCAUCAGUAUCUAAGACUUCAUUGCUUGUGAAAGUAUCAAUGAAGUUAUCACUGAAUUAUUCUUAUCUAACUAUUAUUCCACACUCGUAUCCCCAGACUCCAGUUAUGGGUGUUAUCAAAACAGGCAGACACCAUCCAUUUCCCAACAGGGAUACAGUCUGAGAUGAUUGAUAUUAUAUAAAGGGCAAGAAGGAAAGCACAACUGAAUAAGCACGGAUGGUGACCCAGACCAUGGUAAAUUUUCAUGAGCAUUACAUGUUCCCUAGCCCAAAUGAUCAUUGGCUCACUAGUUUCUGGUAAAGACCUGAUCAAGAGAGGGUGGCAGUGAUCUGAUGGCUUGGUUCUGGGUGCCUGGCACAUGUGUGGGGAGGCUCAGCCACACAGAGGUGUUUGUAUGGGAUGCAGACAAAUUGAGUGUCCGAGGCCAUGGAAUAAUAAGCUUGUUAUCUUGUCAUUCAGCAGAGCAUCUUCAUAUUUCUUCUCCCUUAUCAUACAUAAUCAUUAACAUCAGCAAAGUCUCAGAGGAGCUUAUUUACCAUCAGUGCAGACUCCUUUAAACCAACAACCUGUUAAACUUGCCUAGUGUGCAGUGUUAGACCCACACAUAGAAGCAGGACCACUGCAAACAGUGGUUUUUUGAAGGAGAAUUUCAAUAGCUCUGCCAAUUUGUUUAUUGGACCGGCUGCUUUCUGAGGAAUUGCUCUUAUAAUAAGGACUGUUACCCAGGAUUUGCACCCAGCUCCUCUUUAUAUUGGGUAUGUCAGCCAGUCUAACCCGUCCAGAAAGAAAAUAUCAUUUCUGUAACAAAUGCAGUUCCCAUCCAAGGGCAAGUAGAAAAAUCUGUUGCAUUGAGCCACCCAAAAAGCUGGUUGAAAGCCGAGUGGCUGUUCUGCCUCGCUGCCUCUAUGGUUUGGAUGAUACAGGCAUGACCUGGAGCAUGAGAAACAAGAAGCAGUGUUGUUCCUCACACAAGCACCUUAUACACCAGGAGGCUUUGCGGGCCACCAUGAGAAAAGCAGACAUUAAGCAAGGAAUUAUUUUUAUAUCCCAUCAAAGAUUCCGUCCAGCCCACUGCUAUUUAAGUGAUAAAUCUCUAAGCUUCCACUCCUUAAGUUUAUUUUGUUGGGUUUUGUUUUGGGUAUUUUUAAUAUGUAAUAUAUAUAAAAUGCCUUUUAUUCCUAUAAAAUUUCAUAGAGAAGAAUUCUUUAUUCUGAUGCUGCAAUA